UUCACAUUUCGUUGACGGAACUAGAGAUUUCAGCGGCUUUUGUUGCAAUAGUUAGCAUUUUUUGCAAUUGUUUGCUCAGAAAAUUUGCGAAUACCACUAAAAGUUAGUGGGGCAACUAAUAUAUUCAAGUGAAGUGUUAUAUCUUUUAAAAUACUUUCAGUAUUCCAAUCGUACAUAGAAUUGUAAUAAGUUCAGUUUGUUUGAACUUUUUUUUUUUAAUAAAUUAGAAACAGCGCCCUUCCAUAAGUAAUAUAAAUAUUAUAAACGGUCAUUUGAGCUAGAUAUAUUGAAGACCUAUUUUCAAAUGGAGGAAACACUUAAUUUAGAAGUUGAGGAAACUAUGUGCGAUGAAAAACAAUCAGGUGAAAGCAGUUCUGCGACCACAACAAAUGAGAAACGGGAGCGCAAGGAGAGACGAAAUUUCAUAUGUGGUGUAAUUGAAGGUUUUUAUGGCAGGCCGUGGACAACGGAGCAACGAAAGGAUUUAUUUAGAAAGAUGAAAAAAUGGGGCAUGGAUUCUUAUGUGUACGCUCCUAAGGAUGACUAUAAGCAUCGCGCCUAUUGGCGAGAGUUGUAUACCGUGGAAGAAGCUGACCAUCUGACAAGUUUAAUAACGGCGGCUAGAGAACAUGAUGUAAUGUUUUAUUAUGCUCUUUCACCUGGUUUGGAUAUGUCUUAUAGUAGCCAGAAGGAAAUCCAAACACUCAAACGAAAGCUGGAUCAAGUUUCACAAUUUGGUUGUGAAGCAUUUGCACUGCUUUUUGAUGAUAUUGACUCAGAACUGUCUAAAUUGGAUAAAGAAGCUUUUCAAACAUUUGCUAAUGCACAAGUAUCUGUUACAAAUGAAAUAUUUGCUCAUUUAGGCAAUCCCAAGUUUCUCUUUUGUCCUACGCAGUACUGUAGCACUCGUGCGAUCCCUACUGUACAUGAUUCCGAGUAUUUAAACACUUUAGGCUCGAAGCUUAACCACGAUAUCGAUAUUAUGUGGACUGGCAACAAAGUAAUCUCGAAAAUUAUUAGCUUAGAAUCAAUACAAGAAAUAACCGAAAUAUUACGGAGGCCCCCGGUCAUUUGGGAUAAUUUACAUGCUAACGACUAUGAUCAGAAACGCGUUUUUCUUGGUCCAUAUUCGGGUCGUUCUCCAGAGUUAAUUCCUCAUCUACGCGGAGUUAUGACUAACCCAAAUUGUGAAUUCCAUGCCAACACUAUAGCCAUAAACACUUUAGCCAGUUGGUCGAAAUGCAGUCUCGAUUCAAAAGUAAACAGCACCAUUUCUGCGGAUAUUAAACUCGAAACUGAAAAUGAGGAUGGCACUAAUGAAGAGGAAAUUCCAAUCGACUGCUUAUCUAAAAAUAUGUAUCACCCUCGUAUUGCUUUAAAAAACGCUAUUGCUGAAUGGCUGCCGGAAUUCUUUUUGGCUAAAGAAGCGUGGGGGCCUAUAACGAAACCGCAACCGCAAGUUACAAUGGUUAUGCCUAUCAUACCUAUUAUACCUUCUAUUAAUACUUGUAUGAGCUUGACAACAACAACGACGACAUCCACAAGUACGAAAACUGUUACAGUUCCGGAAGUGAAUACUACACAGCUUCAAGCUUUAGCUGAUGUUUGUAGCACCGUCAAUUCAUCAGUUAUUAAUCCCAUUACAAAUCCUGUAAUGAAUUCCUUGGUUUCGCCAACUAAAGUAGUUACAAAUGAUGAUAUUGUAAAUCCAAUACCCACAUGUGUUGCAUCAAAUAUUGAGUUGCCCAAAAAAAUUCCUAUAUCUAUUGUAUCAGUACCAAUAAUGCAUACCAAGGCAGUAGAAGACAUAAUGCCAAGAAAUAUUGAUGCAGAUGGAGAAGGCUCGAAAUCGCCAGUAUCCGAUUUCGCUAUAACAACAACAAAGCCUACAUCGGUUACAAAUGAAAAUAAUUCUGAGCAUACGGAAUUACAAACAAAUGAAGAUAAUAAUACAACAUCAGCUAUAGAUCAAGAAUGUAUCAACAAAGAAGAAGGAAUGAGUAUUGAAAAAGCUCCAGCCGAGAUACAAGUGUCAAAAUCAGAUGAUGAAAAAAAGAUGUCAGAUGAAUUAGAAAUUGAAAGCGGUGUUGCCAAUAAUGGAAAGGAUGCUGGUUUAUCAAUAGAUACCACCGUUUCACCGGGGGAUAUUGGAAACAGUACAGGGUCUCUGCCUAUGGCAGACGAACAUACCUUAAGCCCCCUUAGUGCCAUAAGCACCGGGGGUAAUGAACCAAUGGAAUGCAGUAGUAGUUUAGCUUCGCAAGCUUCGGGAAAAGAAGAUCGCAAAAUAAUAUCUGAAGAUGUAGUGAUGGCUGAGGGUGUGGAAGAUGACGAUAUUUGCAACGGCUCUAUGAAUGAACUGAAUAAUAGCAUGCAAGUCGAAAGCUCGGAAGGUUCGCCACUUUCAAACGCCGAUAUGAAAGAUUGUGAUGAGAAAAAUUUUCCUGAAGCGGGUAGUAGUGGUUCCAUUACAGUGGAAGACCUUUAUUUGCUAUGUGAUCUCUUCUAUCUACCAUUCGAGCACGGUAGUCGUGGUUAUAAGUUACUUAAUGAAUUCAAUUGGCUGAAAGCGAAUGCGAACGUUUUAUUAGGAAACGACAAAACUAUUAGGAAGUGUGCUAAUGUAGAUGGUGCCGUGUCGCCAAAUCCCGAAGUAGCCGAGUGGAUGCAACGCGCCGAGGGAUUCUCCAGACACUGCAAUUCUGUACACGAAUUGUUACGCAAAAUUGCGAAUUGUGCUAAUAAAGAAAUAUGUCAUGAUUUGUUCUCUUAUGUGUGGGACAUAGCCGGUGCUUUAACACUUCAGAAUGCUUUUAUAAAAUGGCUAAGUCUUGGUCAUUUUCCGCCUAAUGUUCAAACAUAUACGCAGGGUACCUACACAUGGUUUAGCAAGGGCUGGAAGGAAGCAUUCAUGUCAGGUGAUCAAGAACCAUGGGUAUUUCGUGGUGGCCUCAUUGCUGACUUACAACGCCUGAUGCCUGUGGAUUCCGGUAACGAUUUAUUUUUAUAUAAAUUGCCUGAACUGCCAACAAGUGAUUAUCAUUUAUUACGUCCUUACACACCAAUUGACGAACCUGAAUUGGGACAAGUAUGCACCCGAGCUUUUCUAGAGCUAAGCGCUAAUUCAAUUGACGAUAAAUCCGGUGAAAGUGAUGUCAUUCCCGAAACGCUAUUUCCCAAUCAUUUGCGUGAACUUAUUGCCGAUAAUGUUGUUGGACAUUUUGUCACAUUAUAUCCACAGUUUUGUAUUGUAGCACAUGAUGCCUCUAAUGCCAUUGUUGGCUACGCAGCUGCAGCCUUAAAUAUUCACACGUUUAUGCGCAAUGUUGAAAUCUGUUGGAUACCAUCAAUGAAAGAAAAAUACGCCGAAUCUUUACUGGCAAAAGGUAGCUUCAUCGAUGUUGCAAAUGGUACAGAUGAUGAAAAAAGACAUUUAGCAACGACCUCUAAACUAAAUGCCAUUAUUGCUGAGAUGAUAAAUGAUUUUCAUAAUUAUGAAUAUCAAUGUCCGACUGAAGUUAGUAACGCAUAUCCGGCUGUGUUAACUGCCGCGGCCUUGAAUGACACUUUAUUACGAGAUUAUGGACUUUUAAAACGUCUGAUAACAGUGACUUUAGCAACACUACGUUCCAAUGGUUGUUUCGGUGUGCAUGUACGUUUAACGGUUAAGGGGGCGGAACAUUUGCACCACCACUAUGCUAAGAUAGGAUUUACGGAAGUAUAUCGUGAUACUGAGGGUAAAUAUCUCUAUCUCGGGCGGCGUUUUUAGCAACAGCCACCGCAUCAAUCAACAUCAGUCUUUCUGCUAAAGUUACGUCAAUGACCGUCGAAUAUCAAAUAUGCUAACAAGCAAAAAAGGAUUGGAUUUUAUUUAUGUAACUCAUUAUUUCGUAAUCCUACCGACCGUAAAAGGCACAUUAUGAAAAAGAAAAAAAAAAACGAUGAAGUGGCUGACUAACGACCAUAAAUUAAAUAUGCCGAUUAAUUCAUACUCAUUUCAUGGUAUUAAUAAAGCAAAGGUAUUGCUCUAUGACUGACAUCUCAAUAACCAUUUUAAUCAUAUAAAAUAUGUAUAGUAAAUGUGUCAUGCACUUUUUAUGUAUGUAAGUACUUUGAAUAACUUGCUAUGUCCACUCCUCUUUACAAAUUUUAAUGCUUUUAUUAUAAUUAGCGUAACUCCAGUGCAAAAAUAAAAAUCUAUGAAUAAAUACCUA